UAAUAAACAACUAAAACAUAUAAGAGCUACCUCAUACGUGCAGUGUUUCAAUUCAAACCGAAACUGAUAAAACGUACUGGAAAUACAAACUAAAGAAUCUCAUUUACAAGUUACAGUUAGCUAAAUAAUUAUUUCGUCUAAAAUAGAAAUCGCUUAUACUAGAAAUAAAAACUUCAUGGAAGGACCUGUAAUUGUUUUCAGUUACAGACACAGCAAUACCAUUCCCAAGCCCAUGGAAGAACAGACAACAUUGAUAAACCAGACGAAAAUGGACAGUGUACCGAAGCCAUCGCCCUGGGGCAAACCUCCACAACAAUCAACUCCAAUACCAAGCUGCCUACAAGAUGUAAUGAAUGAACAGUUGAGUGAAGAAUUUAUUGGAAAGGAACAGAAAAAUGUGUUUGACACUUUUGAAAGUGAGAACAAGGGAGUGGAUAUUGAUACAUUAAUGGCUGUCGCUGGUGCUGAUGAAACUGCUGACGAUGAACUUAUGGCUAGGAUGUUACAGCUGGAAUAUGAUAAACAGAACGAUGAGGAAUUGUUAGCAAAGGAAAAACUCUUGAAUAAACAUCAUAAAGUUUCUAUCUCAUUUGAGAACUACAGAAGUGUACACCCAGCAUACAGAGAUGAUGAAGAUAAAGAAGAAGAGGAUGAUGACUACCAACCACCAAAAUCACCAUGGGACAAGAAAUCACCAUCAUUUAAAAAGAACGGAACAACUGGUAGUGGUAAAAAUAUCAUAACAAAACAUGACAAGGUUAUAUGUGGACGAAAAAAUGCUUCUAAAUUGAUGGAUUUUCCCCCAGAGUUCCAUUCUGGUGAUGGGGAAAGUAUGGACAUGCAGCUCAGUAAUAAAAUUUACAAUAAACUGAAACGUCAUUCAGAUGCAGAAAAUAAACGACAUCAAAAACUACACGAGAAGAAGGAACACUCAACUGCAGGACAAGUAAUGGAUGCAAGGACAAGAUUGAUUUUGUAUAAACUAGUAAACAAUGGAGUAUUAGACUCUAUUAGUGGUAGUAUCAGUACAGGGAAAGAGUCGGUUGUAUUCCAUGCUUAUGGUGGAGAACUGAAUGGUGAGACGCUGCCAAAGGAAUGUGCACUAAAGGUAUAUAAGACAACACUGAAUGAAUUUAAAAACAGAGGAAAGUAUGUCGAUGGUGAUCACAGAUUUUCAAGAGAUGAUUAUAAGAAACAAAAUCCACGGAAAAUAAUCAGAAUCUGGGGAGAGAAAGAAACAGCAAAUCUUAAUAGAAUGAAGAAAUUUGGAGUUCCCUGUCCACAUGUCCAAGUGUUAAAGAAACAUGUCUUAGUAAUGAGUUUUAUAGGAAAGGAUAUGCAACCAGCACCCAAACUAAAAAAUGUCAAACUCUCAACACAAGAUAUGCAGGAUGCAUUUGAACAGACAAUAAAGAUAAUGAAGACCAUGCAUAGAGACUGUAAACUAGUGCAUGCUGAUCUUAGUGAAUUUAACAUUUUAUGGUAUGAGGAUAAAAUAUGGAUCAUAGAUGUUAGCCAGGCUGUAGAAGUAAUGCAUCCUGCUGCGUUAGAAUUCCUGUUUAGAGACUGUAAAACUAUGACAUCUUUUUUCCAAAGCAGAGAUGUGCAUGGAGUUCCUACACCAGAAGAGUUAUUUAAUGACAUUACCGGUCUAGACAUUCCGGGAGAAGGUCUAGAAUUUGUUGCUCAAGUACAGAGGUUCCAAAAGGAGAAAAAUGAAGAACUUCUUGCUCAUCAAAUGACACUAACAAAAGAAUAUGCAUUUGACUAUUUUUUUGAAAAAUCUCAAAAAGAACGUGCUGCUGCUUUAGACAAAUUAGGGAUAUCUGAUGAUGAGGAUGAGGAUGAGGUUGUAGAGGAGGAACCUGAGGAGGAAGAGGAGGGGCCUAUUGAGGGAGAAGAUAAAAACGAAAGUCAAGAUUGAAAUCUUGAAGGAAAUGAAUAGUUGUGGAAUCAGACAAAACAAUUAACGACAAGAAUGUCUAAUGAUUCAGAGCUUGUACAGGCCCAAGAAAGCCACACAAGUUCUUAUAUUCAGUUAAAGCUUUAAUAGUAAAAAAUUAGAAGUGGUGUUGGGAAUCAUAUGAUGAGAAGUUUGUGGGCCUCAUAUAUUCAACUUGUCCAAGAUACUUGGAAGAAAAGUACAACAAAGUAAAUAAAUUAAAAAAAUAUCAUUUGAUUGCAUCAGGGCUGUUCCAAAAUUAAAACCAGAAAGGGGCACUUGUGUUUGGACCCUAAACAACCACAACAGAAAAUUUUCUUUUUUCUUAUAAUUCUUACAACCAUUUUUUUAUGGUUGAGCCUCCUGGAGUGUUUAGUUCAAGGUUUAAAGAUAAACACAUUCCAGAUUCAAAAUUGUAUUGAAUGGGUACCUAAUUUAGUGGUUGGGGGGAACCAGGAUAUCCAUGAAAACUGGUACCCUACAAACAAUAAACUUUUACAGUCUGUCAUUUUUAAUAUUAUAAAACAUUUUAUCAUAGCAUUAGAAGUUUGUCUGUGUCCCAGACAUGUCUGUCCAUUAAUCAUAUCAUGUUGAAGAAGUGCAUCUUGUUAACUUCAAAUCAUAUGGUAGCUGACAGCUGAUAAAAUCGGUAUUUGGAAAUGUAGGAUUUUUAUUUAAGUGUCACGACAUAAGCUCAUGGUUUUACUUUGAUGUUUUAACCUUGGAUGUUCCUCAAAAAGUGUUAAGAGAUAUUAAAAGGUGGGUAUUUUUCAAUAAACCACCAAUACAUAGUAUAUUUUUGAUGUGCAGUAAGUGUUUAUGUAUAGAGUGAUUCAUUUAAACCUUCACGCUAGUAUAUGAUAAUAUACAGUGCCACCCAUCUUUUUGGGAAUUCUUUACAUAUUUGAGAAGCAGAUAGUUAUUUGGAGAUUUUAUGAUAUUUACUUUGUUUGGUAGUAUUGGCCAUAUAAUUGACUAAAUUUAAGCCUGAGCUCGCAUGAACCAUGAAAAAGUAAGGGUUAAUAUUAUGAAAGUAUUUGGGCUACCUAGUCAGAUAAACUGUGGCUGGUCAUAAAGUAUUUAGAUUCAUAUAACAAAAUGCACCAAAAACAGUGGAUUAGAAAGUCAGGGGUUGUCGAUUGUUGCUUUAUAUCAUAUUUGUUUUUCGUUUUUUGUUUUGUAUAUAAAUCAGGCUGUAAGUUUUCUUGUUUGGAUUGUUUUACACUUGUCAUUUAGGGGCCUAAUAUAGCUUGAUAAGCGGUAUUGGUUUUGCUAAUUGUUGAAGGUUGUACAGAGACCUAUAGUUGUUAACUUCUACAUCAUUUGGUCUCUUGGUGGAGUGUUGUCUCCUUGACAAUCACACCGCAUUCGUAUUUCUAUAUUUAGGAUGUUUGUGAUGUCAAUUUCAAUCAUUCAUUGCUUAUUGAGUAUUUUGACAUUGAACUUAAACACAAAGCCAAAAAAGAACAUCAUUUUAAAAAAAGUGUUAGAUGAAUUGUUUAGUAGAAACUCACAUAGAUAGUGAAAACGAUCAGUAAAGGCAAACUAAAUUUUCUUUUUGUUUGAUUUCUGCUAUUUCCAGGUGCUUUGUAUUUUGCAAUCUAACUACUUUGUUUUUAAGUACAAUAGUUGGAUUCAGUCAAAUAAAUUGCAUAUUAUAGAUUUGUCUAAUACUUCCUGCAUGAUAUGAGGUUAAAUGAUACAAAAACCCACACAAAUUUGAACUAUAAUAGUUUACUUACAAAUUCUGUAAUUGACCUUGUAAUUAGAGAUCCAUUUGUAUCAAUUGUUUCCCUUGGGAAAGAAAUAAACUUUCACUGACAAUGAAGAGCUAGCAGGAAGAGCAAAUUUAUCUGUGUGAAAAGGUUUUUCAAAUCUUUUAACUGCAUUUAAUCUUUUGUUAAGCUUAAAACUUUUGAUAUCAAUACUUAUUUCUUAUUGAAAAUUGGUUAAGACAGCUAUAUAUAUAUUUGCGUGGGCCCAUUUUGUCUAGUGAAAGACCAGUUUACAAUUGCCAAAGGGUUUUCAAAGUGUGUAAUAACAGAUUUAAAUUUAUAAUUGACAAAUAGAAUUUUGCAUGUUGUCUAAUAAAGGGUUGUCUUUGCAUCAUUACAGCAAAAUGACUUGAGUGUGUAGGUAAAGGUAAUAUCUUUAGUUAGCUUGCUUGCUAGCUGAACCGUGAAUUCAUUAUUAGGUUAGGUAUACUACCCUCCUUAAAGAGUAGACUAGUCCGACAGAUAGAAGUCAUUUUGCUGUAAGACUCAUUUACACUUAUACUCUUUGGUGUAAAUAAUGACAUUUCAAAUCAAAAUAGUUUGUACAUUAAUUGUUAAUACAUAGACCAUCUAGACUUUUAAAAUGAAUAUUUAAUUAUUUAUCUUGAUUAUAUAUGUCAAGUAAGUCAAUCUUUGGUGGUGUUGGUUCAAAACUGCUACAAGAAUAUUUCUUUUAUUUAUUAAGGUGGUACCAAACACCUUGACUAAAAAUAAUUUGGCUCGUUUAAUUUUCAUAAAAUUUUGACAAAAUAUUUACUUUGACCCUUUAACAAAAAUAUAAAAAUUUCUAAAAACUUGAACCACACAUUUUAUCAGAAAAAUUUCAUAGGAUAUAUAGUAGUUUGACAAACACUAGUUUUGAUCAUAGAGAAGCUUAAUAUUUCCUUAACAAUAGAAUGUGAUUAAAACGUUCAGCUGAUUUUUAUAGAGUUAUCUCCCUGUAGCAUUAUGUACCAUCUUAAUUAAAUUUUUAUGAAGUUGAUGCUACAUGAUAGUUAGAUUUUACAUGAUCAUAGUAAAUAGAUCUUUGUAAAGGCACAGAAAAAAUAUGUUGUGUCUUUUGUACCUAGAAAUAUGAAGGGUUGUUAAGAUGUUUUUGUUUAAACAGUAUAAUGUUAUGAUAUGCAUGUUAUAUAAUUAUAAUAUUUGAAGCAAUCAUCUUUUAAACAUUUUGUCCUAGUCUCCAAGGUAUAUUAAAUGAAUAAUUAUUAAAUACUUGGGGAUAAAUUAAGGUGUUAUAAACAAUGUUUUAUUUAUAAGAUUUGGGCAUCAAUUGAUAAAAAUAGUUUUAUAAGUGAGGUUUCUCAAGAGAUACAGCAUUAGUUAUUAACCAGAAAGAGAAUUAUUAAAAAAAAAAAAAAUGCAAUAUUUUUACAGACAAAUCGUGAUGGUUUUAGUAAAAAUAAUUAAAUUGAUUCUGUUGAUGAUUUAUUUCUGAUAGUGACACAAUACCAAAACUGAAAACAGUUGUGUGUGCUUUCUUUCUCUGAGACAGCAAACACAACAAAAAAUAAAUAUACAAAUGCAAUGAAAACAAUGUAUUUAAUUGAAACUUGUAAUAAAUGUUACUAAAUUAUUUAUGAUAUUGUUUAUGAUUAAUAAAAUAGUAUUUCUGAU